UGUAAACAUAUACUAGGCUACAUUUUUUCAUGCGUUCAUGCUCUUUCCUGUGUAAUCACAGUGCAUUUGAUUUACAUCUCCUCCUCGAGUGUUUUGUUUCUCAACACAACAUAAAUACUACAGAUUUCACAACCCAGUCCUUGCAGCCUUUGGAUCCACUUGUGCUGGAUGUUUGUGAGACGAGAGUUUAUGUCCCCCAGCUGUUGAACAGUCGGUAGAUUCCUCUCUAGAAGGGCCAAACUCUCUCAGCGCUUUCCCUUGGACUGGUUGUCCUCGUGGGAAUCGGCUUCACCUCUCUGAUGUGACAGUCACGCUCGACAGCGUGUUACCCACGCAGAUGCAGGGGUCUCUCGCACAAGCCCCUGUGCUGGAUCCGUAGAGCGGGUCUAUUAUAUCUCGUGGCACAGUGAACUCUCCGUCGCCCCAGGCUGUGCCAAGGGGUGGGCUCUUAAUUUGACAGAGUGACCUAGCCUGUAGCCAUCUCUGAAGAGGGGGUGGGGGAAAGGGGAGAGCCGGCACUGGCUGAGGCAGAGAGACUAGCCGACUCCAGGAUUAGGGAAGUCCCUCUCUCUCUUCUCUCCCACUGUCUCGGUGUCUGGGCAGCCUUGUGCACUUCACCUGCUGCUCGGAGGACACGGAAGGGUCUGGAAGGGUGUUUUUUCGUGCCGUGUAUUGUUCUGAAUGGAGGUCCAGGGCAGAAUGCUUCCUCCGGUGAUUCCCGAGGACGGCGAGCCGCAGGUGGAGGUGAACGGAGUGCGGCACGUGAACGGCGGCGAUGCCGAGGUGCCCAUCUCCAAGUCUCAGCGGAGGCAGAGUGAUGUCAAGGUGUACAAGGAGUUCUGCGACUUCUACGCAAAGUUCAACAUGGCAAAUGCUUUGGCAAAUGCCAUCUGCGAGCGCUGCAAGAGCGGGUUUGCUCCAGCGGAGAAGAUUGUGAACAGCAACGGGGAGCUGUACCAUGAGCAAUGCUUUGUGUGCGCCCAGUGCUUCCAGCAGUUCCCCCAGGGGCUCUUCUACGAGUUUGAAGGCCGUAAAUACUGUGAGCAUGAUUUCCAGAUGCUGUUUGCUCCGUGCUGUCACCAAUGUGGCGAGUUCAUUAUUGGCCGUGUUAUCAAGGCCAUGAACAACAGCUGGCAUCCAGAGUGUUUCUGCUGUGAUAUUUGCAGUACUGUACUCGCUGAUGUAGGCUUCGUGAAGAAUGCCGGAAGACACUUAUGCCGUCCUUGUCAUAAUCGAGAGAAGGCUCGUGGCCUGGGCAAGUACAUUUGUCAGAAGUGUCAUGCCAUAAUUGAGGAGCUGCCCCUGAUCUUCAAGAAUGAUCCGUACCAUCCAGACCACUUCAACUGUAACAACUGUGGUAAAGAGCUGACUGCAGAGGCCCGUGAGCUCAAGGGCGAGCUGUACUGCCUACCAUGCCACGAUAAGAUGGGUGUUCCUAUCUGUGGUGCCUGCCGCAGACCCAUCGAGGGCCGUGUGGUGAAUGCCAUGGGCAAGCAGUGGCAUGUGGAGCAUUUUGUGUGUGCUAAGUGUGAAAAGCCCUUCCUCGGACAUCGCCAUUAUGAGCGCAAAGGCCUGGCAUAUUGUGAGACACACUACAAUCAGUUGUUUGGUGAUGUGUGCUACCACUGCAACCGAGUAAUUGAAGGAGAUGUUGUUUCUGCCUUGAAUAAAGCAUGGUGUGUCAACUGCUUUGCCUGCUCAACCUGCAACAUCAAGUUGACCCUCAAGGAUAAGUUUGUGGAGAUUGAUCUGAGGCCCGUGUGUAAACACUGUUACGAGCGCAUGCCAGAGGAGUUCAAGCGACGCUUGGCUAAGCGAGAGCGCGACUCCAAGGAAAAGAAAAAGAAAAUGGCUACCUGUCUGUAAUUACUAUCUCUCUUCCCUAUCUGCUUCUUUCCAUUCAUUGGAGCAAAUUUGUUGAAUUUGACAUGAAACCGGUGUGCAAGAAGUGUUAUGAGAAGUUUCCGCUGGAACUGAAGAAGCGGCUUAAGAAGCUUGCGGAUACGGCUGGACGAAAGUAGACGGCAGCAUGCAUUCAGAGGAAAUGUAUACAUUCUGCUGUUGCAGAGGACAGGAUCUGAAUCUUUACGCUCAUUUAUUUUCACUAUGACAUUUAAUGAAAAUGUGUGUACGGUAUUAUGUAAAGUACUGAAUUGGUUGACCUGAUUUUGGAGACUACUGAAAUGUUCCUCGAAUGCUCUCUUUUUUCAAAAAGUCUAGUCAUUUCAUGAAAUGCUGUUACAUGUUGGAAUGCAGCUAAACAUAAAGUGGAAAUAUACAAAAAGUAAGGAUGGGGAAUCACCUGCUCUCUCAUACACUUUAUUGAGGUUAUAGAAUCAAAUCAGUAUAAAGUAAUGCCUCAGGUACAAUAACCAAAGUAUGAAUGCCUUUUUUUACAUUAACUCAUGUCUCCUGGUUCAGUUACAACUCACUUAAGUUUGCCAUUUCUGAGAUUUAUUUGUUAGUUAUAGCUUGCGUUUUGUAUUGUAUCACAAAAACAAUGCACAUUCCUGUUUAUGAUGUGACUGAUUCCAGCAAAGAUGCAACGUUCACAGCUUUCAUUAUUAAUAUUUUGCUUUUAUUUAUUUGCCAACAUGUUAAAAUGCAAAUAUGUGCCAUUGCAAAUAGACAACUUCUUGGCAUGAUUUCCCUCCUGAUUUUGGCCGCAUGUGACGUUUCAAAUGAAUUGUUAUUCAAUAAAAAAAAAUAUAUAGA